UGUGUAAAAAAUGAGUUGCUCGGGAAAGAAACAGCUGCCUUAAAGAACGAUCGAGAUGCUAAACUGUUGGAAGCGCGGGUACAAAUGCCGAGGGUUACUAACUUCUGUAGAUGCGGUAGGGCAGCUGCAACAGUUUGGAUCAUAUCCAUUUUAGUCUUCUACUUCCUUUUCCAGGCAGUCAUGGAGAACUCGAAAUCGAUCCACACCGAGUCCUUAAUUUCGAGUUCUGAAAGGCGGUCUCGGCUAUACGAUAAAAUGGCCAGGGACCUUGAUGAGCUCGGGAUGAAGUUUCUGCAAGGCGGAGAAACUUCGCAAUCGCUAUCGAUCAAUGAUAUCUUCGAAUUAAGGGGUGGAUCUGUGAUGCUGAAGCCUAAGGCUGCAGAUCCUCCUGUUCGGGCGAAUGUUCUUUACCUGAGCCCAGAAUUUUCGUACCCUAUCUCGCAAGCUGUAAGGGACAUCUUUCUUCCCUAUUUUGAUGGAGCCAUUUGGUUUCAGAAUGCAAGCUUAUAUCACUUCAGUUUGUUUCAUGCCUCCCAUCAUCUAACAUCUGUAAAGGCCACCGACACAGAGAUUGAAGCUGAAGCUUGUGCUGUCAGAGAAGUUGCUCAGUCUCUUUGUCCUUUGAAAAUUUUUAUGGAUAGGGUGGUGCUGACGUCAACUGGCGUGCUUUUAGGCUGUUGGCAGGUGAUAUCUGGUCCAGAUCCUGUAACUAUCCGAGCAAAGCUGCAAAAUGCUCUUCCACACUCUCCUGAGAAGCAAUUGUAUGAUCCUGCUAUGCUUCAUACUUCGUUUGCAAGGAUUCUGGGGCACCCUAAUGUUCCAUUAGAGAAGAUGGAGAACUCUUCUGAUCUACUCAAAUUCUUUCAUGAACUCGUUGCACGUGUGAACAAUAAGAUCCAUGGAUUUCAGGCAACUGUUUCUGAGCUAUGGUUUGUGGAGGAAUAUGAUGUCCUGGCACUUGCACUGGAUGGGAGAAUGAAGGUACGAAAAUUCCCCUUUGGCUGUUCAACCCAUUGAUAACUCUUUUUUUAAAUUAUUCCAACUGUAAUUCUCUCCUU